CGUCUUUGUUUUCAGGGAAGGAAUGUGGAUGGAGUCCUUUGUCUUCAUGGUUUAAAGUUACAGGUCUGACUUCUCCCACUUUUCAACUCUCUUUUGAUCUUAAUACUUUCAUGCAAUCUGUCCCAAAAAUUGUCAUACAAUAUUUUCAUGUUAAAUCAGAUUAUGCACAGGAAAGUAAUUGAAGCAGCUUUCUGCUUUACAUUGAUAAAUGGGGUUUAGGAAAUGUCAAUUUCUGCUGAAAGUCAGGUCACUCACAAGUUAUUGGGAGUAAAAACGAAGCAUGGAUGUCGAUGCAGUGUUUGUCUUAGAGCCUAAAAAAUACCCACUGCUUGCUCUGUGGAGGUUACUUCAUCCACCUUUUGUCUUUCAGAAUGAAAAUCGCAGACACGAAAACAUCUCAAGUUAGCUGCAAAACAGGAUGUGGAUGACCAGAGUCGUCGCUCUUUGUCUGCUGGCCUUUGUGGUGUUGGCAGAGGACAAGAAGCUGAGCAGCCAUGCUAACACGUUGGCUGACAACAGUGCUAACUUAGCCUUCAGCCUGUACCAAAAGAUGGCACAGGACAAAAACACAGAGAAUAUUGUCGUUUCUCCUGUUGUUGUGGCCUCCUCUCUGGGACUGGUUGCUCUCGGUGGCAAGGCCUCCACUGCAUCCCAGGUGAAAACUGUUCUCAGUGCUGACAAGCUCAAGGACGAGCACCUGCAUGCAGGCCUGUCAGAGCUCCUCUCUGAGGUGAGUGACGCCAAGACCCGAAACUCCACCUGGAAGAUCAACAACCGCCUCUACGGCCCCAGCUCCGUCACCUUCGCAGAUGACUUUGUUAAGAUCAGCAAGAAGCACUACAACUACGAGCACUUGAAAAUAAAUUUCAGGGACAAGCGGAGUGCGGUGAAUUCCAUCAACGAGUGGGCGGCCAAGUCAACAGACGGCAAGCUGCCCGAGAUCACCAAGGAUGUGCAGAACCCAGACGGAGCCAUGAUUGUCAACGCCAUGUUUUUUAAGCCUCACUGGGAUGAGAGAUUCCAUGAAAAGAUGGUUGACAAUCGCGGUUUCCUGGUCACCCGCUCUUUCACUGUUGGAGUUCCCAUGAUGCACCGCACAGGUCUCUACGACUUCUAUGAGGACAAGGAGAACAAACUCUACAUCCUGAAUAUGCCUUUGGGUAAGAAGCAGGCCUCCAUGAUUUUAAUAAUGCCUUAUCACCUGGAGCCCCUGGAACGUCUGGAGAAACUCCUGACGAGAAAGCAGGUAGACACUUGGCUUAGCAAGAUGGAAAACAAGGCUGUUGCAAUUUCCCUCCCGAAGAUCUCGUUGGAAGUCAGCCACAACCUGCAGAAAUAUUUAGCUGAGCUGGGCCUGACUGAAGCUGUGGACAAGUCUAAAGCUGACCUGUCAAACAUCUCAGGGAAGAAGGACCUCUACCUCUCCAAUGUCUUUCACGCAUCUGCUCUGGAGCUGGACGUGGAAGGAAACCCUUAUGACACAAGCAUCUUUGGCACAGAAAAGCUGAAGAACCCUAAGCUCUUCUACGUAGACCACCCCUUCGUCUUCCUGGUGAAAGACAACAAGACCAACUCUAUCCUGUACAUCGGCAGAGUGGUUAGACCCAAGGGGGAUAAGAUGCGUGAUGAACUAUAAUGAUAAAGUUGUGAAUCUUGUUGGAUAGAUUUAAUAUUUGUGAAUUUCUGGCAGCAAACUGUAUGUGUGUGGAUGUGUUUUUAUUGGUGUGACUGUUGCCACCAGAGCAAAUCCCAUUAGACAAUCUGCAGACUGGAUAUAUAAGCCUACUGGUUUUAGACACUUUGAACCUAGGGAGGCAAAACACCAAAGUGCCUUAUUAAAGGUUUUAAUAGAUCAGCAACAUAAGUUGGCCCAACAGGCAACAUACUUAUAUUAAGUAUGACGAUUUUUACUUUUACAUUUCCCACCCUGUUUUGCCACUGAAGGUGCUACCACACUCUGUGCGUUUUCUGGCAUUAUCUUUAAUGUUUAAAGAAAAGAAAAGAUCUUUGCACAACCUUUUGUCUUACAGCUCUCAUCCAUUCCUUUAUUUUGCCACCAGUUUGCACUGGUAGGUGGCUAAUAAGUGGUGCUGUAUUCAUGCUUAUUUUCCAGUCAUGCUGUGUCAUUUGGCUGCGCUGCAUCACAUGCGCUGAUUCUUCACAUUUCACAACCAGAUCUGAACUUUCAGCCAAGUGUACCCAGGUUUCAGGCACAGGGCCCUGGGUAAACUCGGGCCAUUUGCCUGACAAAUGUCCCAAAACCAUUGUGUGGUUGUAGGUAUUUCCACAAAGAAGCUGUUGGAAUAAUGUGAUUAUCUACAAUGUGGUGUUUUUUUUUUUUCAAUUAAAUAAAAGAAAAAGAGACAGGG